UCCAAGAGAGUUGGGAUUCAUUCAUUAAAAUCUGCCAUCUUACAAAGCAGACGAUAAUUUUGACACUGUUUAAAUCAACACUUGUGAAGAGUCUGUGUGGGUUCUCAGUCAUCUGGGUCAUUUUUAAAAUUGGUGAAUCAUGUUGAUUCACCACCUUCAUGGUGCAGCCCUGAAAAGCCUCUCCCAGGUGGAUCAAAUUGCCUCAGUGAAACAACAUGUUGGGAAGCUCAAAUCAAAUAAAUAGUGUUACACAGUGAUACACCACCACAUGGUGGAAGGGAGAAGUGAAGAAAAGCCAUGGUAUCAUUUCAAGAGAUGAGUGUUUUAUUAAUCUAUGUCUGUGUUUUCACAGUUAGAUUUCCCUCUCUGUAUUCAUUCACCUGUCAGUUACAAGGACAGUUUAACCUGAAUGGGAUUCACCAGACAGGAGAUGUAAUUCUAGGAGGAUUGUUUUCAGUCAAUGUUUUUUCUACUGUUCCUGACCUGUCUUUUACCUCAGAGCCACAGGAGUCUGUCUGCUAUGGUUUUUAUCCCUCAGGAUUCAGACAGGCUCAGACCAUGGCCUUUGCUAUUGAUGAGAUUAACAGAAACCCCAACCUGCUCUCUAAUGUUACUCUGGGAUACAGUCUGUAUGAUAACUGCAAUGAAUUGGCAAAAGGAUUUCGUGCAGCAAUGUCCUUAAUCAGUGGUCAAGCAGGAGAGAUGAUAUCAGAGGAGACCUGUGUAGGUCUUCCAGUCCUAGGGAUUGUGGGAGAUACCUUCUCUACAUCUUCUAUUGCCAUCUCCACAGUUGUAGGUUUGUACAGAGUGCCUCUGGUCAGUUAUUUUGCCACAUGUUCUUGUCUGAGUGACCGAGAACAGUUUCCAUCAUUUUUUAGGACGAUUCCCAGUGAUUCAUUUCAGGUCCGUGCAAUGAUUCAGAUUCUAAAACACUUUGGUUGGACUUGGGCAGGUCUGCUCAUCAGUGAUGAUGACUAUGGAGUCCAUGCUGCUCGAGCCUUUCUCUCUGACUUGGGUCCAAUUGCAGGAGGUUGUCUGGCUUACAUUGAAGUUUUGCCUUGGGGAGACAACCGAGCUGAACUGAAGAGAAUAGUUAAUGUGAUGAGGAAAUCUACUGCUCGUGUUGUCAUUGUUUUUGCUCUUGAAAGUCACAUGCUCAAACUAAUGGCAGAGGUUGUUAGGCAGAACUUGACAGGCCUUCAGUGGAUGGCCAGUGAAGCCUGGACUUCAGUUGCUGAGCUACAGACUUCAGACUUCAUGCCAUACCUCGGGGGAACUCUGGGCAUCGCUAUCCCUCGAGGAGAAAUCUCAGGCCUGAGAAAUUUUCUAUUGAAAAUACGUCCUGUCUCAAAACAGAACACUUCUGAAUAUAACAUGGUGUAUCAGUUCUGGGAACACAUCUUUAAGUGUAGAUUUGCUCCACCUCCAGCAGGUUGGCUUGAAACUGGAGGACAAUUGUGCACUGGACAGGAAGUUAUUGAGACUGUUUUGGGGGAAGAAGUUUUUGAUGUUUCAGACCUCAGACCAGAGUAUAAUGUGUAUAAGGCUGUGUAUGCUCUGGCACAUGCUCUUGAUGACAUGCUGCAGUGUGAGCCAGGGAGAGGACCUUUCAGUGGAGACACCUGUGCUCAAUUACAAGGACUGGAACCAUGGCAGCUUGUGUAUUACUUGGAAAACGUGAACUUCACCACAUCAUUUGGUGAUCAAGUGUCAUUUGAUGAGAACGGUGAUGCUUUACCCAUCUAUGAUAUUGUGAACUGGGUGUGGCUUCCUGAUGGAAGCACUAAAGUUCACAAUAUUGGUGAGGUUAAGAGGUCAGCUAAAAAUGGUGAAGAGCUCACUAUUGAUAAAAACAAAAUAUUCUGGAACUUUAUAUUCAAACAGCCCCCCAGGUCAGUGUGCAGUGAGAGUUGCCCUCUAGGAACUCGUAUGGCCCACAAGAAAGGGGAACCUGAGUGUUGUUUUGACUGUGUUCCUUGUUCAGAGGGAAAGUUCAGCAAUUCAACUAACUCUAUGGAGUGUACUAGUUGUCCAGAGGAUUUCUGGUCCAGUCCCCAGCGUGACCACUGUGUUCCAAAG